AACCCACGAGAAUUUACAGAAGAAACUUCUCUGCAAGAGCUAAUGCAAAAGGAGCAGACAUAUAGGAUCUUUGCGGUGUUAAAUUCGCUUGUAUUCGCUUUCACUGCGGUAGCUCCCUUGGCUGUUGUGUUAACUGUUCUUCUCAGUGUUGCGUGGAAUGAUGAGCCGGCGAAAACAGGAGAAAGUGAAAGUCAUAAACGAAGUGCUGCAGGUUGCAGAGGGACGAGUCCGCAACAGAGAAAAAAUCGAUAUCGGAAGCACGAGGAAGCAGAUGAGCCGACGAAAGAAGAAGGAAGUGAAAGUCACCAACAUAGCGCUGCAGAAGAGCCGGUUAUAAAAGAAGAAAAUGAAAGUUACAAACGAAGCGCUGCAGUUAGUAGAGAGACGAAUCCACAACAGAGAGAACAUGGAGGUUGGAGUCACAUGAAAGCAGGUAUUAUUGUCAUGCUUAUCUGAGGUAAGCAGAUCAGAACUAUCAUCGAUAUGCUGAUCAAGAACGAUCGAUCAAAAAAAAAGAAGACCGAGAAGGUCAUGACGACUUUAAAGGAAUAAGUAUAUCGAUACGUAUAUCGGCGAAUCGUUGCAGCAUCUCAAUUGCCUUUGUUCGUUUGUGCAGCUAGGGUCUAAUGGAGACUUUCUCCUCUGUCAUAACCGUGUACUCGGAGUUAAUUAUGAUUAAGUUAAUAAGUUCGUGAACUGCACAAAGAAUUGUUUCCCUUUUUCAGAAGAGCCGGUGAAAGAAGAAGGAAGUGAAAGUCACAAACAAAACGCUGCAGGUAUGAAAAGUUGAACAAACAAGAAUAUUCUCAAAGGUAUGACAGUGCCUUUCAUCGAAUUAUGUUAAAGAUUUUGGUGUAACCACGCCUCUCCUCUUAGAAAUAAAUAGACAAUUGAAUGUACUUUUGCCCAGGUAGUAAACGGACGAGGUCUUUGGUUGUUUGUGCAGCUAGCGUCCGAUGGAGACUUUGUGCUCUAUCUGAUGACCGUGUACUCGGAGUUAAUUAUGACUAAUUUGAUAAGUUCGUGAACUUCUCAAGGAAUUGCAGCAUCUCAAUUGUCUUUAAGUUAAUAAGUUCGUGAACUGCACAAGGAAUUGUUUCCCUUUUUCAGAAGAGCCGACGAAAAAAGGAGAAAAUGAAAAUUAC